CGCGCGUCGGGGCCCUGCUGCUGCCCGGAGCCGCGGGGGCUGCGGGCUCGGUUUGCGGCGCGUCUGUGGUGGCGGCUGUCUCCGCGGCUGGGGGUUCCAGAGAAAUACACACACUCAGUUGACUGGUAUUCUCUGCCGCCAUGGGGGAGCUUUUCCGGAGCGAGGAGAUGACGCUGGCCCAGCUUUUUCUACAGUCUGAAGCUGCUUAUUGUUGCGUCAGUGAAUUAGGAGAACUAGGAAAGGUGCAGUUUCGUGAUUUGAAUCCAGAUGUGAACGUUUUUCAGAGGAAAUUUGUGAAUGAAGUUAGAAGAUGUGAAGAAAUGGAUCGAAAGCUUCGAUUUGUGGAAAAAGAGAUAAGAAAAGCGAAUAUACCAAUUAUGGACACUGGUGAAAACCCAGAGGUACCCUUCCCCCGGGACAUGAUUGACUUAGAGGCCAAUUUUGAGAAGAUUGAAAAUGAACUGAAGGAAAUCAACACAAACCAGGAGGCUCUGAAGAGGAACUUCCUGGAACUGACUGAAUUAAAAUUUAUACUUCGCAAAACUCAACAGUUUUUUGAUGAGGCUGAAUUGCAUCAUCAGCAGAUGGCGGAUCCAGACCUGUUGGAAGAGUCUUCCUCCCUCUUGGAGCCAAGUGAGAUGGGAAGAGGCGCGCCUUUAAGACUCGGCUUCGUGGCUGGUGUGAUUAACCGAGAGCGCAUCCCUACUUUUGAGCGGAUGCUCUGGCGGGUGUGCCGCGGGAAUGUGUUCCUGCGACAAGCUGAGAUCGAGAACCCCCUGGAGGAUCCCGUGACUGGUGACUACGUGCACAAGUCUGUGUUCAUCAUAUUCUUCCAAGGUGAUCAACUGAAAAACAGAGUCAAGAAGAUCUGUGAAGGGUUCCGCGCCUCACUCUAUCCCUGUCCCGAGACACCACAGGAGAGGAAAGAAAUGGCUUCCGGAGUUAACACCAGGAUUGACGACCUCCAAAUGGUUCUGAAUCAGACAGAGGAUCACCGCCAGAGGGUUCUGCAGGCAGCUGCUAAGAGCAUCCGGGUGUGGUUCAUCAAGGUACGGAAGAUGAAGGCCAUUUACCACACUCUGAACCUGUGCAACAUAGAUGUGACCCAGAAGUGUCUGAUUGCAGAGGUCUGGUGCCCUGUCACUGACCUGGAUUCCAUCCAGUUUGCACUCAGAAGAGGCACGGAGCACAGUGGCUCUACUGUGCCCUCCAUUCUGAACAGGAUGCAGACAAACCAGACUCCCCCAACCUACAACAAAACAAACAAGUUCACCUAUGGCUUUCAGAAUAUAGUGGAUGCAUACGGGAUUGGAACCUACCGAGAGAUAAAUCCAGCUCCGUAUACUAUUAUCACUUUUCCUUUCCUAUUUGCUGUGAUGUUUGGGGACUUUGGCCAUGGAAUUUUGAUGACCCUUUUUGCUGUCUGGAUGGUGUUAAGAGAGAGCCGCAUCCUCUCCCAGAAGAAUGAGAAUGAGAUGUUUAGCACUGUGUUCAGUGGACGGUACAUCAUUCUGCUAAUGGGUGUGUUCUCCAUCUACACUGGUCUCAUCUACAACGACUGCUUUUCCAAGUCUCUUAAUAUCUUUGGAUCAUCCUGGAGUGUGCGACCAAUGUUUACAAUAGCUAAUUGGACGGAAGAGACUCUCCGGGGGAACCCUGUUCUCCAGCUGGACCCAGCCAUCCGUGGAGUCUUUGGUGGACCUUAUCCUUUUGGCGUUGAUCCAAUUUGGAACAUUGCCACCAAUAAACUCACCUUUCUCAACUCCUUCAAGAUGAAGAUGUCAGUUAUCCUUGGUAUCAUCCAUAUGAUGUUUGGAGUCAGCCUGAGCCUUUUCAACCACAUGUAUUUUAAGAAGCCUCUCAAUAUCUACUUUGGAUUUAUUCCAGAAGUGAUCUUCAUGACUUCUUUGUUUGGCUACUUGGUCAUCCUUAUUUUUUUCAAGUGGACGGCCUAUGAUGUUCACAUGUCUAAGGAAGCCCCCAGCCUUCUGAUUCAUUUCAUCAAUAUGUUUCUCUUUUCCUAUGAAGACACUGGUAUUGCCAUGCUAUAUUCUGGACAGAAAGGAAUUCAGUGUUUCCUGGUAGUAGUUGCAUUACUGUGUGUACCUUGGAUGCUACUGUGUAAACCACUGAUCCUUCGCCAUCAGUAUUUGAGGAGGAAGCAUUUGGAAGGGCAACCCGUGGAAGCCCCAGUCAGCCCAACCCCGAGCCAACAGGGACUAGAGGCAGCAGCGGCUGCAACAGGAACUCUCAACUUUGGUGGGAUCAGGGUGGGCAACGGACCGACAGAGGAGGAUGCUGAGAUUAUUCAGCAUGACCAGCUCUCCACCCAUUCCGAGGACGCGGAAGAGUUUGAUUUUGGAGACACCAUGGUCCACCAGGCCAUCCACACCAUCGAGUACUGCCUGGGCUGCAUCUCCAACACUGCCUCUUACCUGCGCCUCUGGGCCCUCAGCCUGGCUCACGCCCAGCUGUCCGAGGUGCUUUGGACCAUGGUGAUCCACAUUGGCCUGAGCGUGAAGAGCCUGGCGGGAAGCCUGGGGCUGUUCUUCAUCUUUGCUGCCUUCGCCACCCUGACUGUGGCCAUCCUGCUGAUCAUGGAGGGCCUCUCGGCCUUCCUGCACGCGCUGCGGCUCCACUGGGUCGAGUUCCAGAAUAAAUUCUACAGCGGGACCGGUUUUAAAUUCCUGCCUUUCUCCUUCGAGCACAUUCGAGAAGGGAAGUUUGACGAGUGAGCCCAAGGCCUCUUGCACUCGCCAACGGUGAUUGCUGUUGGUGGUGACUUGCAGGUGUCGGGGCACUGUGUCACCCCACCACCCCUUUCAUGCCUGUGAGUCUUUAGCUAGAUCCGGUCCCUCUGGGCCCCCAGUCCCCGCUUUGUGUGUAGUGCAGUGACUCUAGAGGAUAGUGAGGCUUGGACUGUCCUCAUCCCACCGUGACCCCCACAGGCCCCAGCCUUGCCCUCCAGGCCUCUGUGACUCCCUGUCCCCUCCCCAGAGUGAAGCUGCUGGACCCCCUCUGCCAUCCUCACCGAGACUGUGCCCCAGCCCCUGCCCUUCUGGUUACUGGUUUUGGGGGACUGUCAUGUACCCCAUUCUUGGGCUAGCAAGGGGAGCAGGGAAGGUGGUCUUUCUGUCCUUGGCCCACCCCUUCGAUUUAAAUCAGGGAUUCCUUGGGCCAUCUGCUCCCCAGCACCUGUAAGUUCCCCCCGAACUCACUCCCUCACCUCUCCCUUGCCCCUGCCCUACUCACGCCCUCUCCUCCCUCCCUCCCAGAACCCCUCCCGUCACUUGUUACCCAGCUGGGAGUGCCAAGGCCUGACUGCCUGAGUCCUGGCUGCCCGCUGGGGUUGGCAGCACCUUCCUGCUAUGGACCCCAGACCAUCCCCCACCCCCUAUCAUGAUCAUGAGUCUUGAAUGCAGGGCUGAGGUCAUCCCCCCUCCCCCCGAGAAUCGGAAAGGGGAGGAGCUGAUGGAACUGACCAACAGCCUGCUGAUGCCUGCAGUGGUGAGAGCUGCACAGCCCCGCCCAGUGGACACCCCCAAGGACCACUUCCUGUCACCCCCCAAGGCCUAGGCCCUUGGGACCUCUCAAUCAUGUGUAGAUGCAGCUGUUGUGCUGCAUUACUGAAGAGACUCUCCCCUCAGCCUUCUGUGGCAUGGGGGGGCUCCUCCAGUGGGCCAGCCCUGUCCCUCAGCCCUGGCUGUCUGCAGGGAGCAGCCUCUGACACCCCAAGGCUGAGCUGGCUCCACCCCCCUGUUCACCCCUCCUCUCUGCUGACUGGGCUUGAAGCAGAGCCUUCCCUUGGGAACCCCACCCCAGGCCCUUCUGAUCCCACGUUUCUGUGCUGAAUAAAGUGUUUGCCUG